CCAGUGUGACAGUGUUUGUAUCCAGUACAACUCCAGUGUGACAGUGUUGGUAUCCAGUACAACUCCAGUGUGACAGUGUUGGUAUCCAGUACAACUCCAGUGUGACAGUGUUUGUAUCCAGUACAACACCAGUGUGACAGUGUUGGUAUCCAGUACAACACCAGUGUGACAGUGUUGGUAUCCAGUACAACACCAGUGUGACAGUGUUGGUAUCCAAUACAACACCGGUUGGACAGUGCUCGCAUCCACGACAGCUUCAGGGCGUCAGGUAGUAUUCAGUACAUCACAACAAACCUGCUCUGAAUUGAAACUUAUUUUUCAAAGAAUUACCUUUUUGCUAUGACUUACAUGUCAUUAUAUGAGUUUGACUGAAGUUCACGAAUCCAUGAUCCAAAGGUAUUGCUACUUUCAGUAUGGGUAUUGAUCUCCUUUUUAUCUUUUAGUUAAGCACACACGUGAUAUUAAGAAAUCACCAACUGAAAGGAACUAGAGAUCACUGACAUUAGCAACAUGAAUAUUGCAUGUAUCAAGGCUUUUAUCUAGUCCCAAAGACACCCGAGGAACUUGUGCGGCAAACAACAUAUCCAGUAGUUUCGAUAUGUCGCCAAGGACAAUGCAUGUACUUCUCACUGUUUGGUUUAUUGCUCGUGUCUUUGCCUUCAGCUAUGAUCAGAGACCUUGUUUCGAGAAGCUUUGUUGGUGUAGGAACAUUGUUGCAAAUUGUACUCGGAAUCCCAGUCUGACAUUUGUCCCUCUCUGUUCAGGAGCUCAGAAUAUAUCUGUAUUCAUAUUUUCAUACAAUUAUCUUACACGUAUUUCAAACCACACUUUAGAUAACAUUACAGCUCCAUACAUGAAUAUCCAACACUUGAAUCUUGUCGGUAACAACAUCACAGCUGUGUCGUCCCAUGGUUUUGCCAAGUUAAACAGCUUAUUAAGUCUUGACAUCAGCCAUAACCCAAUCAUACUGACAACGCUGGCCAAAGCUUUUCACUUUUUGUCACCCUCAGUCAGUUAUAUCUACCUAAACGACCUUGGAAUUAGCGAUUCAGAUCUUGAGGAGAAUCUACUGGAAGGUCUCCACUAUAGGAUAACAGGGAUCCAUCUUGCACAAAACAAUUUGACUAAAUUCAAUUUUAGCCACUUUGCUGGGUUUCCUGAACUGACAACCUUGGACCUACAUAAAAACAUGAUUAACCUAUACCCAGAUUCUUUCAGUGACGUAUGUUCCAAGACAUUGGCUACCUUGUGGAUACAUCAUAAUAACAUCACGUUAAUGCCAGAUUUCUGUUUCAAUAAUGAGUCUUCCUUUCCUAACCUGUACACCCUUGAGAUUGGUUACAAUCAGAUUCCAUAUUUGAAUAAGAGUAGUUUCGGCUGCUUGUCAAAGUGUACCGGAGUGUGUCUGACCCAUUUGCAAAUAUCAGGGAACCCCUUUCAAAUGAUUGGUGGUGAGACCUUCCGUCAAUUUUCGAAUCUUCAAGAGCUUGAAAUGAAACAGUUAUCAUCUGCCCAGACUGAUAUCGAUGACGAAACAUUCGUCGGCUGCAACAGCCUCAACUACCUUGACCUCUCCAGCAACAAUAUCGCUGCAGACAAACUCGAGCACCUUGUGCGACCAUUAAUUAAAACAUUGAACUAUCUUAACUGUAGCAACUGCAGCUUACAAAAAGUGCCGGAUGUCAUAUCAGAACUGGCUGGACUGGAGUACAUGUUUCUAGAUCAUAAUCACAUUAAAUCCAUUAGCGACAACGCGUUUAUCAAGAACGUUAAACUUCUGAAGAUGUCAUUAAGUGACAACAGUCUCAGCUAUGUGUUCAUACCGAUCUCCAUACGGAGUCGUCUCACCUAUGUCAACAUUGAGAACAAUCCCUUCAAUUGUAACUGUGACUUACUGUGGUUUAAAGAUUGGCUGAUUGCCCGGAGUUUGUUCAGACGUCGCUUAUCCUAUUAUACCUGUUUUAGUCCCCCAGACACCAAAGGGAAGAGACUGGUAGAUGUUCCAUCUGUUACGAAAUUUGUUUGCCUGUAUGACAGCCAGUACGUCUCUCUGGUGGUCUGUGCCGUUGUAGCUGUGCUGAUGUCUAUUGUGUGCUUUGCGUUGGGCUACAAGUGGAGGUGGAAUAUCCGCUACUUUCUGGUCUGGAAGAGGAGAAGACACAGCUCCUCAUCUGAAGCCAUGCCUCUUCUGGCGUGUGACAUCUACCUUCUGUACUCAGAUGAAGACUUCGUUUGGGUUAGACAUCAAGCUUUGCCCAAUUUGGAGGACAAAGGUCGUUUGAGGAUUUGCUUUCGUCCACGAGACUUUGAUCCUAAGAUUCAUAUCAUGGACAGCAUUGUGAAGAAUCUUAAUGGAUGCAGGAAGGUUCUUAUGGUAGUGUCCAACAGCUUCUGUAAGGACACUGGAUGUCAGUUCGAGCUGUCCUUGGUACAGAAACGCUUGGAGGACCCCCACGAGGCGUUUGUUGUGGUCCUUUUGGAGGACAUUGAUGAUAGAUAUAAGUCGGAAUUUCUCUCCCGUCUCCUACAAGAAUGUAACGUUAUAACCUGGCCUGGGAGUGGUCAGAACGAAGCUGAAUUUUGGAAUCAAGUCCUGCUGAUGUUACAAAGGUCAUACGAGUCAGGCGAAUUAAACACAAUGUAAUUUCGGAUGACCAACUGCAGAAUCAGGCAAUAGUGACGUUUCAACAAUGGUAAUGAACGUGGUUGUUCAUCAGAAUGUGGAUUCACUGACAGGAUGACCAAUCAGUGUGAGAAUGAAGCUGAAUUUGGGGAUGAGGACCCGUUGACGUUAAAUAGUUCAGACGUAUUGGAUGCUAUGGGUGAAUUUGGACACAUCAAAGUAGGGGUUUGCAGAAGUUUCCUUGCAGUAUAAUGUUUUUGUUGCUUUUCAAAAUAUGUGAGGAAUAGAUGAUCUGAAUACCAUGAAACUGACAUUUUGAAUGACAUGUAUGGAACAAAAACACAAGUGUACAGUCCUGUCUGUUGCUUCAGUAAAUCGGUGAUGUAGGUAAAACACCCGGAUGAAUAGGUCCUGAGCGGGAGUGGCCACUCUUGGUCCUCCACUUCUGGGACGAUCUUGUGUCGAAUUGAAACGGGACGUUGAAGUGUCUUGCAACGACUGACUGGACUCCCCUGCUUCCAAACGUCCAAUGGCGAUAUUUCGGUCUGUAGCUUUCAGGCAUGUCAAUUUGUAUCUUCGUUUGCGUCGUACAUGUCAUAAUGAAAUAAUGAAUGUGGUUUGGCCUUUUAUAGUCGAUGUCUCCACUCAUGUUUCCGACACAUUGCA